AACAUCUCAAUUUGUAAUUGGUAGUAUAUUUAUCGAAUUGAGUCACUUGAGUGGUGCUUUAAUGCUAUGAUUGGAUGAGUGGAAAUGAAGGGAAAGUAAAGGGAGAGAAAUGGAGGGAGGUGUUUCCUUCAUUUCGACCGACAUAGUGUAUAAACAAGGCUACAUCGCAUCCCAUCGACAGCACUGUAAAGGUUUCAAAAUAAACGAACCGAUUCCGCGUUGUGAAAAAACCAUUUUGAUUUAGUUUUCAAGUCAAAGAAGCACCAGUGGCUAAACUCUUUCUACAAGGUAAUGAAACAAUGUGUAGAAGAACCUUUCUGGGUGGUACAUUAUUCAAUUCUGUGCAUGUUUGAACUAUAUACUCUGUACAAAUAGUUUAUUUUUGAGUUAAUUCAACAAAUGAUUAGUGCAAAUUACAGCUUCUGGAAGGUGAGACACCGUAUGGAAAUGCUAAAUAGUUUGAGGCUCUAAGCUGCAAUGAAUUUGUAUGCCUAGAUCUUAAAGAUGUAGAACCUCUAAUCUGAAAGGUGUACAGAUUCUUUGAGGCUGGGGAAGAUAUGAUUAUGAUCGAUGCUCAGGAUGUUUCCCAGUGAGCUAAAUCUUUAAGAACUGCGUCAUCGCAAAAAUUAUCAGUUGGAUAGGAGUUGAGAAGACGACUAUUAGACAUGUAUGAAGCAGCAGAUACUAGAACAACUGAUUGGUUCAUCAGCCAAUUUGGUCCUAAGGGCAUGAUCCUAAAACCUUGAUCCCAAGAAAUGUGCCAGCCUAGGAAUAAAGUUUUUUCAUAUGGCAACUUGCAGAGUUACAGUUGCAAAUACCAUCUUGGCGUAGAAAUAUGAGUGCUAUAAUUAUUCUCCAUAUAAGACUCAAAAUGAGGGAGACAGUAAAACAGAGCAUCAGAAAACAGAAGAUAGAGAGAAUGUCAGCUGUUUGGAUAGCAGUAAAGAAUUCAUUUCAUUGCAAGUCAAACCCAUCAGAAGUAUAUGAACCUAAACCCCCAAAAAAGAGCAAUCCUAAGUCAAGAGUAGUUGUUUCGUCAUCAUCAUUCUCAGCAUCUUCAUGUAAAUCAACCUUCAAAGAUGUAGUUCAUGGUAGAAGCAAGAGGUUACAACGAAUAAACUCAUCAAGUCGGAGUCCAUUGUCUAUAAGAAGCAACGAUUUGAUCAACCCCGUUACACAUUAUGUUAGUUUAACAAAUUCUGAGUUAAAGAUUACAAAAAAUCUUCAUCUUUUUCGUGGUUCCCCCAAGUGUUACCUUGCUUCCCCUGUCCCACAACUGAGGUUGAAGAAUUCAUGUAAGGGGCUUGAACCUCUUUCAAAUAAUCCUAAUGAUCCCGAGUCCGACCAUGUUUUUGGGUCUUCGUUGCAUUAUCGAAGGUCGUUGCAGAUCGAGAAAGAUGCCGGUGGGAAAUUCAGGAAGGCUUGUCAUAAAUGUGGUGAGCCAUUAGCUAGGCAAGAUGUUGAAGAACAUUAUCUUUCUAAACAUUCAGUGACUGAAGUUCUUGAAGGAGAUUCAUCUAGGAAAGUCAUAGAAAUGAUCUUCAAGGCAGGGUGGACUAACUUCGAAAAUCGAGGCCGUAUAGAAAGGAUUUUGAAAGUCCACAACACACAAACAAAGCUGGCACAAUUCGAAGACUAUCGAGAAAUGGUCAAAAUCCGAGCCAACAAGCUACAACAUGCCCAAAAGCAUCCCCGGCUUUUAGCUGAUGGAAACGAACUCCUUAGGUUCUAUGGUACAACAAUUGCUUGCUCUUUAGGCAAAAAAGGGACCUCCAGUCUCUGUACUUUACAAAAAUGUAAUGUUUGUUACAUUUUAAGACAUGGGUUCUCAACUCAAGAUGGGAUAAACCAUAGUGUUUUGGGAACUUUUACUUCUUUGACGAGUGAGAUAGCCUAUAGAAGCAUAGAGAUUGGUGUCGACGAAAAAGGAAGUCAUACCAAGGCCUUGAAGAAGGCACUGAUCGUGUGCAGGGUGAUUGCAGGGAGAGUUCAUAGGCCUAUAGUAGAUAACAUUCAAGAGUUUUUGGGUAGUAAAAGACCAGGGUUUGAUUCUUUAGCUGGGAAAUUGGGACCAAAUAAUUCCCAUGUCGAGGAGCUUUUUUUGUUUAAGUCAAAAGCAUUGCUCCCUUGUUUUGUCAUUGUUUGCAAGCCUGGAAAAGAGAUGUUAUACUGAAAUUUAAGGAGGAAACAAACUUUUUGUCUUUUUAGAAUGUUUUUCCGAAAAAUAGAGAUGUCAAUUGUCAACUAGUUUUGUUAAUAAAAUUAUGUGAUAUCGAUUCAUAAAAUAUAGAAAAAGAAUGAA